GGGUGGCUGCGGUGCUGCAAAUACCGCACGCCUACCGGUAGUUGGCGUGGCGGUUUCGGUAAUCAUUGCGUUGCCUGCGAGCAACUGCUUUCCUUCACUGAGAGAAACGGGUGCGUUUGCGGUGGUCCUUUGGCAGCCAUCGAGUGUCAGCUUGGUGCUUGGUGAUUGAAGUGGGGAUAUGGCAGAUCCAAACCAACAAGAAGAAGCUGCGGCCAACAUGUCGGCGGGGGGGGCACCUGUUCCGGCAUCCGUGGAGUCUGCGCCACCACCGCCUGAGGUCCCCGAGCUCGCGUACUGGUGUUAUCAGUGCCGACGGGAGGUGAACGUGGCAGCCAAUGGCGAAGUGGUCUGCCCCACCUGCGGCAGCGGGUUUCUCGAGGACAUGACAACUGCAGAUAUGGGCGGUGCUUUGCCUGGUCAGCGGGCCCUGCUGCAAGGACAGCAAACUAGACACCUUCGAUGGGGUCUUGCUGGCCUGCCUCCCACUCGCCUCAUCCGCAUUCUGCAGCUACUGAGUGCGGAUAAUGCAGCUGCUGCAGCUGCUGCUGAUGCGAUGGAGACAGGCCCAGGCACUGGCGGCGAAGCCAGUCGUCGAGAAGCAGGGUCCACUCCUAGCGAGGGGACUCCGAUUUCAGAAGCUUCUCCGUCUGAAGGAGGUGCAGGUGCCCAGCGUCGCGAGCGCACGGGUCUGUCGGCGGACAGGAGCGAGGCAGAAGUCGGGACUGAAUCAAGCGAUCGACCUCGCAGGCGACUAGGGGAGAGGACGGAGGGUAGGCUUAGGUGGCUAACUGUUGAAAGAGCAGGGUCUCGGCCAGCUGCUGUGCCAGGCUCAACGGAGGGACGCAGUGCAGAUGACAACGCCGCUGCGGAACCUAUGGAAGACGUAACUGGCCCAGAGGGCCGGGUUGCUAGGAUCCGAAACAGUGAUGACGAGUAUGAGGAGAUCAACGAUGCGGAGAUGGAGGACGCGGAGAAUGGUGAGGCCAGCAGAGUCGAUCGGUUGAGUGGCGAUAAUUUCUUCGUUUUGAUGCAGAACCUCAUUGGGAGGAACUACCAGCUGCAGGUCAUCUUUCCUGCUGCCGACAUCGUGGGUAAUCCUGGCGAUUACCUGGAUUCCCGGGGCUUUGAGCAGUGGCUUAACCAAAUUGCAGAAAAUGACAGCGCCAGGAAGGGGGCGCCUCCCGCGGCGAAGGAUGUUGUUGAUGCCCUCCCCACCAUACUCAUCGAUGGAGGCGAGAGCUCUCGCCACACUCCUGUUCAGUGUGCUGUGUGCAAGGAGAGGUUGGAGGUUGGCUCGGAAGCCAAGCAGCUGCCAUGCAUGCAUCUGUAUCACUCAGCCUGCAUAUUUCCUUGGCUGGCAUUGAGGAAUACCUGUCCAGUCUGCAGACUCGAACUGCGAACGGAUGACAUGGAUUACGAGGAGCGAAGGCGGUGGCGAAGAGAUCGAGGCGAUGGUGACGGGGAAGAGGGAAGUGACAGGGGUGGGGGUGAAGAUGGGCCUGCACAUGCGUCGGGAGGACAGCGCAGUGCAAACUCGGGACGCGAAAGUGGAGAAAGUGGGGGUGAUGAUGGACCGCGUGGGGGUGCUGGUGGGAGCAGUGGGAGAAGCAGGCAGGAGAGCGGUGGGAGAGUAGAGGAAGCAGAGGCAGGAUGCACAACUGCAAUGCCUGCGGCACAGCAGUGCGGAGGCGGCGAAUCUUCUCCAACGAUGCCACUUGUGGUGGCUGGUUCGGACAGAACGCGGGAGCUUGGUAAAGUCGAUCGGUUUCUCCCGAACAGAAGGAAGAGGAAUGCGUCUCGUCGGCCUGAGGGAGGCCACGAAUGAGAGUAGAGUCGUUAUCGCAAUGCUCCUGCAUGUCCCGCAGGAAGAAAUGCGGCUCUGCCGACCAACCUGUGACUGUAGUUGGGUAUUCGCUCAUGCCGAUGCCGAUUACCAGAGUGAGGAAUUGACGAACUCUCUGCUCUCGGCGGCAUGAUAUCUAUUGCGUACUCGACUCCAUUCAUUGCCCGACGAUGCGCAAUCUAUGCUUUGGUGUGUUAUUCGAAUGAGUCGACGAUGAAACAAGUGGGGCAGCAUCAACAUGAACAGGUGAUAUGAAAUCCUUCUCAGCAGAAGGUUGGUCAGGGAAUGAGCUUCAUCGAGGAAGUGAGAGCACAGAAGGUAUUUGUGCUAGUCGUACAGACCGCAAUCUUAUAUGGAAAUAACGGCACGAUUUGCGCUUUGGAAGGACGACCGAGGAACGUGUGCUGGAAGGAGAGAUGGGAAAGAGGUGUCACAUAGAGAGACAACAGGAGUGCUUGAGAACCUUUUUUUUUUUUUUAAUUACAAGCAUUAUGGUAUUACCGAAAGGAGAUACGAGGACCAUGCUGCUUGCUGAAGGACACAUGAGAGAGAGAGGAGCGGACGGACGGACGCACAAGCGAAAUAAACCGGUGAACGAGUCCCGAUGGAAAAAGUUGACGAGCAGUGCGCUUCGGUAGUUCUGGGUAUUGUGCUAAUGAAGGAGGACAGAUAUGGAAAAAGGUGCGAUUACAGGACGGGAGAGGAAAGUGAUCUGGAGGGAUGGACAAGGCUGCACUAUGCCGGCGCGCAUACGGCGCCAGGAUGUCCCUCCUGGGAGGGGAUGGGUGGGGAGGGGAGGAGGAAGGAGGAGGAGUGUGCUAUGGAAGGACUGUGUGGAUCGCCAGGAGGAAGGACAAUAAGAAUCGCCAGGACGAAGGCUGAAAGUGCUCAUGGUGUGACGGAGGAGGAGGAUCGCGCUGCUUGCAAGAUGGAAGAGGGAGCGGAUAUAUGAUGACAGGUUGACCAGAUUCGACCGCAGGACGGUGUGAAUCGCUAGGACGACGGCGGAAAGCACCAUGGUGUGACAGAGGAGGAGGAGGAGGAGGAUCGUGCUGCUUGCAAGAUGGAGGAGGUAAGGGGAUAUAUGAUGACAAAUGGAUCAGAUUCGAUCGCGGGACGUCAGGAAGGAGGAGGAAUGUGGUGUUGUAUGACAGUGUAAGAUGGGAGUGUGAAGGCACAAAGUACUGUGCUAUGUGCUAUAAGAACGAAGAGAGCCAUGCUAUACUAAUGUGGCUCUAAGGACGGACGAAGAGUGCGCAGUGGUAGCAUCAGUAAUACAGUAUGCAUUGCACUGAAGAAGAAGAUGGAACGAGGGUUGCACUAUGAUGUCACGGUGGAUGAGCAACUUUUUUUUCUGUGGUGGAGGUGGUGGAGCUGAUGCAUGAGUGGAAAGGCAGUUUGCAAGUUUUUGAAGGAAAGGGAAAAACACGUAAAGAGAGGUCCAUGCUGUCUUCUUGAGCUUUGCUGAGGAUUGGCACUGCUCUGUAGCAAGGGAACUGUAAUAUCUGACAAUGACUGUCUGAUUUUUCUUUUUGACGAAUUUAGUGCUGCACUCCGGCAUUC